UUUCUGAGAAAGUUUCGGGUCGGUCUGCCAAACUGAGAUUUAUAUCGUGUGUUGUUAGUUCCACUCUCUGUAAUGAUAUGUUUGUAUCCCUUUAUUUAUAUUACGUUUUUGAAGACUUGCAUUGGGAUUUAGUUACUGUGUCUUCGGAAUUUGAAGCGAAACGAUCUUCUGCAGAAAAAAAAUCUGUCUGGCAGUUUGAAGCAUGGACGCGCAGCAGAGCGCGCCUCCGGCUGGGCAGCAGGUCGUGCACGUGCGCGGGGAUUCGCAGACCGAUCUUGAGGCGCUCUUCAAUGCUGUGAUGAACCCCAAGACAGCGAGCCUGCCGCCCUCCCUGCCAAUGCGCAUGAGGAAGCUACCAGACUCCUUCUUCAGACAGCCAGACCCCCGAUCCCACUCCAGACAAGCCAGUUCGGACGGGAGCGUGUGCGGCUCGUUGACGCCUCAUCACGUCCGCGCCCACUCGUCCCCCGCCUCAAUGCCCAUCAACGUCCUGUCCACCCCGCCAACAGUCGCCGUGGCAACACAAGCCCUCCCUGAUGACAUGCCCCUCCCUCCAGGCUGGGAGAUGGCCAAGACACCAUCUGGCCAGCGCUACUUUCUCAAUCACCUGGACCAAAUCACGACAUGGCACGACCCUCGCCUAUCCCACCUGCAGACCAGCGCAGCUCCUAACCCUAUCGCCAGCCCUCCGCCCCACGCCCACACGCUCACCAACCCUGCACCCACAACACAGACACACAACGCCAGCCCCGACACAGGUCCCUUGCCAGAGGGGUGGGAGCAGUCGGUGACUCCUGAGGGAGAGGUGUACUACGUCAACCACGCCACCAAGACCACCUCCUGGCUAGACCCACGUCUAGCCCAGAAGGUUGGCUCCAGCCUUGUUGGUGUGGCGACCCAGCAGAGGCAACAACAGCUGCAGGAGAGGGAACGACAGCGACACAAACAUCAGGACCUGCCGCAGCCAAUCAGAAUGCAGGAUGUCGUUUUAAGGAACCAGCUUCCUACUAGCAUGGAUCAUGACGGGAACACACAGAGCCUUGCUCAGGAUGGCAGGAACAGAAAUUCCAACCAUGACUCUGCUCUCAAUGGGAUUCACUCCCGUAAUGAGAGCACGGACAGUGGGUUAAGUGUGAGCAGCUUGCCUCGAACCUCAGACCACAUGCUCAACUCUGUAGAACAUAUGGACACAGGUGACUCUGGAGUCAACCUGCCGACAGUGUUACUGGAGACGAGGCCUGGGCUGUGCAUGUCUAAUGAGGGGGAGGAGCUAAUGCCAAGCAUACAGGAAGCUCUGGAUUCCGACAUCCUAACCGAUAUGGAGACCGUUCUCUCUGCAUCGCGCAUGGAUAAGGACAGUCUGCUCACUUGGCUAUAGACACGACACACACACCAAACAAUCAUCUUACAUCUGGCAGUAAGCACACACACAAACAAAUCUUCACCUGGUCACAGACGCGUGGAGAUCGACCUCCUAGAUUUACUCAGUUCAGUAAAAGCUUUUUACUUUACAAAUACUUUUGAGCAAACCUGUUUUCCAUUGUGGUGUUCUCCCUACGAACGCUGCUUUUUGAGCACACGUCUGGGCUGUACAGGUAGGUCAUGCGCGAAUGCAUGAUCAUAUAUGAACCUCUGAUUUUCGAUGAAGAAAAAAUGACUCCAUUGCUGGAAUUUUUCUGCUAUUAUUGUCCGUAACGUAUUGUCCACUCACAAUUGAAGAAACCAACAAACUUCUGCAGCUCACUUCGUUUAUAAUGACCAUUUUGUCACAGUGUGUGUAUAUAUAUUCUAUUUUGUUUUACUUUGUGUAUUUGAAGUAUACUGUAAGUUGAUAUUUUCUCAGUUGUUUAGUGUUUGUCAAAGCUUUUAGUUCUACACAUCCAUUGGAAUUUUGUAAUGGGAAACGAGAGGAAGCAUUUUCAACCACACUUAUCCUUGUAAUGGGUUGCUAUCUGGUUUAAUUUAGAAUGUUAAAAAGCAGUUUCCUCAUUGCCGAUUUGAAGGUACUUAGUCAUUGAUCAAGUUUAGGCAAUGAUAUAUCCUUCAAAUGGGUUAGUUGAUAUUCAUUUUCAAAUGACAUUUUAGUAUCUGCAUGUUUAAUAAUUAUUGCUUUUUGUGUUUUUGGCUUCCGCUGAGUAUUAUUGAAAUAACCCAAAUUUAUAAUGUUUUGUAUUAUGGAUUCGUUUAUGCAUGUAUUGUAUAUGGAUGCAUUUUAGUUCUAGCCAAUGUAAUCCCUUUUAAAAUAAAUAAUAAACCGUGAUACAUUUUUUUGACA